UAGGGGACAUUUUUUUCCCUCACAUCAAUAAAGAGUGUGCUUGUGGCUUUAAUUAUUUGAACUUUGGCACAAAAUUGCAAGAAAUGGAGUGAAGGCGCUAAACCAAACAAGCCAAUGCUGUGCUCAUUUUCCCGAGCAUCCUCUAAAAUUCUUCACCCUCUGCUAAAACCCAACUCCAAUAACUUCCAUUGCAACUACCACAACUUCCCUCUCCAAAAAUCCCCAUUCGACAUAGAAGACUCAUUUUUAGCUUUGCUCAAAAAAUGUUCGCACAAAAAUCACAUUUAUCAAACCCAUGGAUUCAUGCUACAUCGUGCUUUAGAUCAAGACAACUUCCUUUUAAGCCAAUUCCUACAUACAUGUUCCUCCCUGGGCUUUGUCAAUUAUGCUUGUUCAGUUUUCACUUCGAACCCCAACCCAAACAUUUAUCUUUACAACACUAUGAUCAGUGUUUUCUCUAAACAACAAUAUUUAUUAAAAGAUGCAAUUUUCCUUUAUAAACAAGCUCGAGCCAUUGGCUUAUAUCAUGAUACUUACUCUAUCCCUUUUGUGUUGAAUGCUGUAACUUGUCUUAGCACCGGCAGUCAAAUUCACUGUGAGGCUAUUAUAACCGGAUUGAAUAAUGACAUACACGUGGCAAGCGCGGUUGUACGGAUGUAUUCUUCUUUUGGGUGCGUCUCGGAUGCUCGUAAGGUGUUUGAUGAAAUGUGAAACAGAGAUGUGGGAUUGUGGAAUGCCAUUAUAACGGCUUAUGUUAGGGCUCGAGAUAUGGAUACUGCGAAGUACUUGUUUGAUAAUAUACCGGAGAAGAAUGUUAUUUCUUGGACUACCAUAAUUGCGGGGUAUGCUCAGGUGAAUCAAUUUUCUCAAGCUAUUGGUGUUUUCCGUGAAAUGAUGAGUGCAGAAGUUGGUGUCAAGCCUGAUGAGGUAACAAUGCUAGCUGUGCUUUCUGCUUGUGCCCACUUGGGUGAGCUUGAGUUGGGCGAAUGGAUCCAUAGUUAUAUUAUAAAACACAGGUUAUGCAGAACUGUGCCUCUUAACAAUGCCCUUAUUGAUAUGUAUGCAAAAUCGGGGAAUGUGAAGAAGGGAGUAAAAUUGUUUGAGAGCAUGGAAACAAGGAGUGUUGUUUCUUGGUCAACAAUGAUUUCUGCAUUGGCUGUCAAUGGGUAUGGACGAGAAGCGCUUAACAUGUUUUCUCGAAUGGAAAUGGUUGGAAUUAGGCCGAACAGUAUCACCUUAAUAGCAGUACUAUCUGCAUGUAGCCAUGCAGGUCUUGUGGAGGAGGGCAGAUUGUAUUUUAAGAUAAUGGAAGAAAAAUAUGGUAUUAGUCCUGACAUCAGACACUAUGGUUGCAUGGUCGAUCUUUUAGGGCGUGCAGAUUACCUCGACGAGGCUGUAAACCUGAUUAAAACGAUGCCCUUUGAAGCAAAUGCAGUGAUUUGGGGAUCACUUCUUGCUGCAGCCAAGAAGCAAAGUCAUGUUGAACUUGGGGAGCAAGCACUGCAGCAUCUAACUGAAGUGGAACCACGUAACAGUGGGAAUUAUUCCCUUGUGUCCAAUACAUAUGCUGCUCUUGGUAGGUGGAGUGAAGCUAGGGUAGCAAGAAAGAUCAUGAGGGACACAGGUGUCAAAAAGUUGCCAGGCGGUAGCUUCAUCAAGGUGAAAAACAGAGUUUAUUACUUCUAUUCAGGAGACAGAUCACAUUCUCAAUGCGAGAGGAUAUACAGAAUUCUAUCGCAGUUGAAUAAGGUAUCAAAGACGGUAUUGAAUGAGGAUUGGGGAUAUGAAGAGCUGCUUGAUGCUGAUAACCUUUACGAGGAUCACUUGUAAGCUAAGUUGCUUGGACUCUUCACUUUUGGUGCUGCACCCAUUUCGACACGGUGUGGGUGUGGGUGUGAGAUCCGUAUUCGGAUCUGAUAAGCCGAUUUUGGAUAAUUUGACCAAAAUCGACGGAGAAAUUCAGGAAAGAUACCAUGAUUUUUUAAAUCAAAACAAAAGCUAGGGUGAAAUUGAAGAAAUUGGAAUACCUUGUAAAUCUCCUCCUCGGAUUCUCCUCUUGAUCAAUGUUUUCUGCUUCUCGGAAUACCUUGUUAAGACAAUAAAAUUUAUUACUGGACACUCAAAUGGUUUAGCUAUGCAGAUUUCGAAUAGAUGUGUCUGACUCACCACUUAUGAGAAUGAUGUCCACAAGAAAGGCCAGUAGAUUGAUUAAACACUCCCAUAAAGUAAGUCUUCCUCAUGCUUCCUAUGUGACUGUAUACUAGUAAGAAGCCAAUUGUGAACAUCUGCAUACUCUUCAAUGUGCUUUACUUCAGAGGAGACUACAUGAUGUCGUUCUUGUUUUAGUCCAUGAAUGCAGGAAAUUUUUGGGGUCGAAUUAAAGUAGGUCUCCUGUUUCAGUUUGACACUCAUUAAACAGCUUAAUAAUGCAAAUCUAGUUACAUCCCGCUCCUUGAAUAACAUAAUCUAACCCACUUCAUUUGAAUUCUUAGCGUUCCUUCACUUUAGUGUACCACCUACUCUAUCAAAGUUCACAGACUGUAGGUAAGCUGUGGACAAUAUACGAAUGCUUUACCACAGCAUAAUGGUUAUUUUUAUUUAUAUAUCUGUUUAUUUUGGUCUGGAACAGUUAUCUAUCCAUGUUCCAUUUCUUAUUCAUCUAAUUAUCGUUAACAGGAAGGAGAAAGUGCUUAGGCAGAGGGCCCCCUGACUUAUAUGCAUUGUCUGGGAGCAGUUCAAGGCUAAACAUAUGGGUUUGGACCUAUUAAUGUGAUGAGCCCUCAAUCGAUCAAUAGUUGUUCCUCCUUCAUCACCCAAAUCUCCUAUUUAUGCAUGAACAUUAGCAAAGGUAUAUCACUGGAAUUUUAGCAUUUAACCUUACCACAACAGAACAGUUUUACCCUCACUUGUUUAAACAGCCUAACCGACAAACCAUGCAGCCUUUAUAGUAGCAACCAGUAAAAAUUUGCAUCAGGACUUGCCGGAGAGGCCAUUGGCACCUGCUUAUUACUUAUUAACCUCUCCCUCUGUUUACCAUUAGAGUGUUUUUUGGGUUAUUUCAUCCUAAGUUGCUACUAUAAGCAUAACCAGAUAUGCAGCGCAGUAAUUCUUGUUCUGUUUUUGCUGAUGAAGAACUCAAACGAGAAUUUUAUAUUCAGCCUUCAAGAUCCGCUACUUGAAGAAACCAAUGUGUAAGGACCAGGCCAUCAAAAUAGAUAGUUCAAUCAGAAAAGCAUGCAAGCUGUGCAACCUUACAGCAGAUUACCAGCAUACUGAAGCUGAAGAGGAAUGCAUGGUUACUGUCUGCUGCAUGCUUAAAGAGUGCCUCAAUCGCACGGGGCACAACCCCUGGAA